GCGGCGGCGUACCGGAGGCCGCGGCAGCAUCUCGGCUGCUAAGGCGGUUCCGCGUGGUGGGUGGCAGCCUGAGGGCCGGACUAAGAACCGGCAGACAAGCGGGCGCCGCCUCUUGGCGCCCCGCGGCCGGGGCUCGGCCGUACGGCGGCGGAGGCGCCGGGGGAUGAAGCUCGUGCUGGGCCGGGCCUUUCCCUCCUCAAGUUAGGGCGGCGGCGAGCCCGCGCCCCUGGCUCUCCGACGGCCAUGGCGCUGAGGGAGCUCAAAGUGUGUCUGCUGGGGGAUACUGGUGUAGGUAAAUCAAGCAUCGUCUGGCGGUUCGUAGAAGACAGUUUUGAUCCGAACAUCAACCCAACCAUAGGGGCAUCUUUUAUGACCAAGACUGUCCAGUACCAAAAUGAGCUACAUAAAUUCCUAAUCUGGGAUACAGCUGGACAAGAACGAUUUCGUGCCUUGGCACCAAUGUACUAUCGAGGGUCGGCUGCAGCUAUUAUCGUUUAUGAUAUCACAAAAGAAGAGACGUUUUCAACAUUAAAGAACUGGGUGAAAGAGCUUCGCCAGCAUGGCCCACCUAAUAUUGUAGUUGCCAUUGCGGGAAAUAAGUGUGAUCUUAUCGAUGUCAGAGAAGUCAUGGAGAGAGAGGCUAAGGACUACGCUGACUCCAUUCAUGCAAUUUUUGUAGAGACCAGCGCGAAAAAUGCAAUAAACAUAAAUGAACUCUUUAUAGAAAUUAGCCGAAGAAUUCCAUCCUCAGACACCAACCCGCCAUCUUGUGGUAAGGGCUUCAAACUCCGAAGACAGCCAUCGGAGCCAAAGCGAAGCUGCUGCUGACAGGCCUCAGCCUCUCGACCCAGUGAUGAAGUAGGUGGUCUUGAAAGCUAGCAGGAGGAGCUGAAGGCCCUGCCGCUAGUGUCUGCCUCACACUCUUGAGUCGUCUUUAUGCAAAAGGACUCAAAGAAAUUGACCCGUUCUGCUCUCACUUUGAAGACCACAGCUGUGGUAUUGCAGUACUGACAUACUGCUAGUGUGUCAAGACCUUCUGGUGUACAAAGGGAUGACAUCAUUCAUUGGCUUUUGACCUUGCAGAAAGGAACAUCUAAUUGUAUGGAUGGUAGGAUUAAAUUGCUGAGUAGUUUUAUAAUCAGGAUUUCAUGUAACAUAAAGGGUAAAUUAGCACUUUCAUUGUUCUUGAGGGGAAAAUGUCUUUGUGGAGAUUAUAAUUUCCUUGGUUUCCCGUUAUCACUAUUAGAGGGAGUUGUGUCAUUUAAAAUGUGGUAGGAUAGCACAAGUGGAGAGGUGGUGGCUAUUAUCGAAGCUGCAAUGUGUUAUUUGUAGGAUGGAUGGGGAGGAUCUAUCGCUGCCAUCUCUACGACAUGUUGGUUAAGUGUGUUAACCUAGGAUGCACACAGGAAGUCAGCAGCCUAAGUAGGGGUUGCCUAGCUCACCUUGGGUUUGCUUCUGACCCUGUCUUGUACGUAUCAUCAAACACAUUAUUGGCACCUUUUUAAAUAAGCUCUCAUGACCAAAAUGAUGGUGGUACAGAAGCUGCCUGGAAUAAAUUAAACUGCCUCUGUUCUAGAAUGACCAGCAGUGGUUUCAGAAGGAAGGAGAGAAAGAAAGUAGUAUAAAUGCUGUUAUUUUCUUUAUUUAACCCAAGUGUUUUGGUGGGGAAAACAAGUAUCUGUUGCUUAGCACAUGUAAAGUUACAGUCUGUAUUUAUGAGAACAUUGCCUAAAGGUUAUAAAUUAUGUAAACACAUUAGUAAGUUCUAAGUUCAUUCAGUACCCCAUUUAAUCUUGCUCCCAGUCUUGUAUAUGCCUACCCAUUUUCCAGCCUGUCUGCAGGAGACUAUGGAGCACAUGUUCUGAGAGGCAUAGAGGACUUGCCUCCAUCUUUCAGGGUUUCUCUGCCUUCGUUGCCUCCACAUCCCAUCUAGAGAUGAUGAAAACAUGUGCCACAGGCCCGACAGUCCUCCAUAGCCUGGAGUGAAACACUAAGCUCCAAGCUCAGGUCAUUUGCCUGGGCUUUGUAAUAAGUGUCUUUUAGCUUUAGCAGCGACCUUGCAUCAACUGUUGUAAGAGCUCUUUCCUUGUUAACAAUUUACCUUAUCUUCCUGGUUCCUUUAUUUUCCCCUGCCUCUGUUAGUGGUUAACACUUUUCCCUCAGGGAGCCUAAUGAGGUUUUUAAUAUAAUCUAAAAAUAAAGCACUGAAGUGAAGUUGGUGAGAAUUUGCUCCUGGUCUAAUUUGGCACCCUUCCAACCUGAGCAUUGUAAGGGAAGGAAAUUUACAAGAUUAAAUAGGAAAUGAAACAGCUUGAAUUUCAAACUAAAUUGUGUUUUCAUAGCUAUCCCUUAACUGAACAGUCGAAACUUUGAAAAAUAAUUAUUUCUUUAUGGCCCCCACUUGAAAUGGAUAAAUUUUAAUAGGGAAAUAAUCAAGUAAAGAGCAACUCCUUUUUCCUUCUUACAUAUCAGAAGCAUUUGAAAUUGUUUUACUUAUAUCGAAAUCAUAUAGACAAAAUGCAGUUAGUGGUAAUCUAACACUGUUUUGUGAAAAACACAUGUGGACUCUAGGUCUCCCUAGCAUCUUGCUUCCCACCCAGCAUUCAAUUAGCAAACUUCUAGAAAAAAACCUGUGAUUCUCAGGACUGGGCUCCUUGUACCUACCUGAUGUUGACUUGAUUUUAUACACAUCCUGACGAAUCGAGGGCAUGGCCACUGCCCUGGGCCUCAGCAUUCCUCCUGUUGAGCCUCUGUCUUCAUGACAAAAUAAGAACAAAAGUUGCUUGACUCAUUACAGAAGAGGCAAUGUAUGCCUGGCCCUUUUCUGUCUUAUUUCACCAAAAGGCAAAUCAGUGACCUUCAUGUUUUCCACCAAACCCACUAAUAAAUGCUGAUGAGCAUGUGGUAUGUUGGUGCACUGGAAAGGCAAGGUGUUCUGAGCCACAUCCCAAUGCCUCUGGUCUUACAUGGUGUCCUACUGCAUCUAGCCCAGCAGGGCCAUCUCUUCAGCCCUUGGAAGUUGGUUUCCCUGGCUGAUUCUCACACUCCCACCCAGAGGUGGGGAGAGACUGUUUGGCCAUAGCUACGGUCUUACUAAUAGAACAAAUAGCAUGGAGCUUGUGCUCAUGCAUUUCUGGGUCCUCUUCUCCCUCAUUUCUAUUGGUCUGCCCCAGAAAUUGACAGGGUGCUGUUUCUCUUGUGGUAUCUUUGUAAUGCUUAACAACAGAUUUCUGUCUCAGAUCCAGAAUCCACACUCAAUGAAGCGGGGUUGGGGGAUAGAAUGGACUGUCCCUUAUUUUCUUUGUUUCUAAAAUACAAAGAUGGAUGAUGAAGUCAGAAGCAGUGCUUUAUUUUAAACACAUUUUGGAUUAACCUGAGUAAAUACUUGUCUAAUACAAAUUUCAUAUUUUCUUUCUUAAUUCUUAAGAGAAAAGGCUAACCACCAAAGGAAUUAAGACAUAGUCCAUCAUGGUUCCCUUAUGACACAGGGCCAUUUUUUAAAUUUUUCAGGGCUGAACAAAAAAGAAAAAUUAAUUAGCUGCAAGUGUAUAUUGAUUCCUUUCAGAGAAAUUGAAACAAGCUCUUCGUAGGUGUCCAAUCCUAGAAACCAUUGGCCCCUAGAUCUCUCCUUUUACAUAAGUGUUUUCUGAUUCUUUGAUAACUAAUUAAUUAUCAUUGGUGAUUAAAAGAACAUAAAGUAAGUAUGAUUAAGUGUCCUUCAUCUUAGACUCUGCAAGAAGUGAUUGGGGAAAAGUACCUACUGCAAGCCCUGCUGGCUCCCAGCAAAACCUCCAUCACCUGCUUGACAGCCAGUCAGGACAAGUUCUGCGCAUAGCAGCUGAAAGACUUGUUCUUUUUAAAAUAGCGUGCAUCCUUGUUCUCCGCUUAUGAAGCUGUUUGAAGUGCCUGCCUCCUCUCAUUAUGCUCUGAUUGCCUGGACACCUACCCAGGACUGAAAGGAACAAGGCUUAAAUUAGAGGCUUGGUCUCCUUUAAGUAGACCAGUGACCUUAACGUUAGUAAUUCUCUUUGCUUUUAAAUCCGUGAAAUUUCAGAACUUCUCCUUAAGUCUUCUAUUUCUUGUUUCAAGGAGGAAAAUAGAUAUAGGAGGCCUUCUAAAAUGCUGGGAGCUAUGGUAAUGAACAUGUCAUAAGGUAACUACUGCAUGGCUUUCCUGGAACUGUCAAACCAGAAUUGGGGGUGGGGGGGUUGUUUUUCUUUUGUGGCAUGUGUUUAAAUAGGUUAGAGUCAGACUACACUGCACUAAUUGGCAUGUCAGCCUCCAGCCAAAAGGCGUUUGUUCAUUACUGUGUGCAUCUUUUAUGUUCUAAGAGAGAAUUGUAAAAGAGGUUAUAUAAAUUCCAUUUAGCAUUUCUUCACUCAUUCUUCCAGAACACAAGAAGAACACACACAUGGGCCCUCAGAGUAUAAACUACAGGCACCACAGUAUGUGAUUUCUAGAACAUAUGUCUCCAUACAAACUUACAUGAGUAAUGAGAGGAUCAUCUCCUUCCAGAGCAAAGUAACCAGAAAUCCCUUCUCUCUGAUCCAUCCUAGGAGCCUGCUUUAGAACAUUUGGGGGAAAUGACAGCCCAUGCUCUCAGGCUGGCUGUCUUUGCUAAUCUCUCUAGGCUGUAAAUGUCCGUCCGAUUUUAUGAUGAAUGUUAAGUGAAAUGGUAAGCGAGAUAGUGUAAGCCUUUGAAAAUCCUCAUUAUUUAAAUUUGUUUUAAAGGGAUGACUAGCAUAAUUUUUGUUUACUGUUUGACUUCAAGAUAUACUCUACCUCUUAGCAGUUAAUAUUUUAAAGGAAAAAAUGGAAUAACUCUGAAGAAACAAGCUGUGACAGCUUGGUUCAUCACAGAAAAAAAUUUCUUCUAAUGCUUCAAGGUGAUGUUUAGGAUAUCCUUUAGUAUUAUAUGAUUUUAAAAAAUCAUCCAUGCAACAAAUUACUUAGGAGAUAAACAGACAACUGUAUAGUUUUUUUUGUUUUGUUUUUUGUUUUUAAAAAAAGGGAGAUGCAGGUGGAAUUUAGCCUAGGACUUAAAGAAACGACCUCUGCAAAUUUCUUUUGACAGCAGAGUUGCUUGUCUUGACUUCCAGUAAUAGAAAACCAGGCAAUUUGAUUAUCUGAUUUGCAAGAAAUGUUAAUGGAAUUCCAGGGCAUUUGUCCUGUUUUAUGUGCAAAUGAAAGUCUAAAAAAAUAUUAGAAAGGUACUACAUUUUUCAGGACCCUCCAUUUUUUCCAUCAAAGGAAAUGACAAGUGAGAGACCUGUUGUGAUGAAGUUUCAUUAGACAUAAUGAGAAAAGUGAAUGAAUAUAACCAAGAAUUGUCAUAUUUCCUAGCUCAUCCUUCAGGAUUUUCUUAGCAUAUAGGAAAAUGAUUUACUUUCUAAAUCUAGAAGGACUUCCAGUAGCAUAGAUCAAGUUUAAUUUGAUGGUCUGUACCAUCAGAAAUAACUAAUAUCUGUGUUCUUUCCUUUCAGAGUAUAAUCAAUUACAGAUAUGCCAGGAUAUUUUUAGCUUCAAAACAAAAGGAUUCAGAACUUUAAUUUAAAAAAAAGAUGUCAAACCUUCCAAUUACUCCUUUUAUUAUGUUGAACAUUUUCGAUAGUAAGAUUAGAAUAUAUAAACAGUAGAUUGUGAGAUUAAAACCAUAAUGUCUAAAAUGUAAUAAAAAAAUUUUUAAUUUGUUAAUUUUUAGACCUGUAUGGUACCCAAUGCCUCAUCAAAACACUAAAAAUUCUGGGUAACUUUCCAUGAGCCCGAAUUUAAGUACCAAGUUCUGUCUGCCAAUUAAUGGGAAGUCCUAAGGCAGCAAUGAUGUUUUUAACAGCCUUCUUUAAUUGGUAGUUUUAAACUGUAGACCUUAAUGCCCUCCUUAAUCAUGCAACAGAAACAAAACACGCCAGUUUUACUAAUACCACUUCUUGAUUCAGAAACUUUCUAGUGUAUAGGGAAACCAAUUGUUUAAUGCAACACAUUGGAAGAAUCAUCUUUAAAAUAGCAUUUUGCACAUAGAGCCAGUAAUCUUUACUCAGAACUGAAAAUGUCAAGGAAGCCCCAAAACGGGUAAGGUUGUGUUGUAUAAAAGCUGGCCACCCCCUCCCCAGGACAGCACAACCAGAAGAGUGAGCUGCACCUGCACGUACUGGACCGUGUGAGCCCUUGCCCACAGUGGUGUUUGCUCUUGGGCCUACUCCUAACCUCAAUUGGCCAUUAUUAAUUUUCCAUUAAGUUUGUACCUAAAUAAUUCGUUUUACACCAUGAGAAGUUUUGAAAGCAGUGCUUGAAUUUGUUUGCUUCCACUUACCUUGUGCUUGAAGUUGUUGCACAAUUUCUGAAACUUUUUCUUAAUGUGGGUCAUGCACAUGACUUCAGAUGGACCAGUCAGCUCAGGGUGGGGAAAUUAUUGGCAGCUAGCUAGUCAGAGCGACUGAUUGUUGGCUCUAUUUUUAAACCAUUUGUUGUGCUGUGUGGUCAGAGCUUUAAUGCUCUCGUCCAGCUCAGUCUUUCCAUCAUUUCACUUUACAAGUCACUCACAUAAUAUCAAUCAUUCCUCUGACCUUAAAAUUUUAAGUCUUGCCUUCUCUGUGAUCGAAGCAGACUUCUUGCCUUAUUUCCCUUAUUCUUCUCACUUUUCUGUGGGCUCUCUCUCUUAGAGGCACACUGUGCCAGCCACCUUCUUGGCAUACUUAUCAUGCCUCCCCGUGCAGCCUUGCAGGGUUGCAGCAGCAGGGUUUACCCACUCCGUCCAGCUAGGAAGUAAGCUGCUUCUAGUCCUGGCAGAAAUUCAAAGGCCACUACAGGUGGAAAAACUCCAGGAGUUCCAGAAAAGGAAUGGGCAGCACUGUCUAACAGUGGGAACACACUGAUUGACAAAACGUCUUAUCCUUGUUGAUAAGAUAGUUGGCUUAAGUGUGAGAACUUCACUGAGUUUACAAUAGAGCAUUUGUUAAAAGUAUGUAAAAAUCCAAAUCAAAAGUCUACAAGAACAACUGCUAUGGAGAUGAGUCUAGACAUUUAAAAAAAAAAAAAAAAAAA